UUCCCCUAGAUUUUGGAGCUCCUGCUUUGCGUUCAUGGGAGGGCUACAUGAGGAAGAAGAAGUUGCCACUGAGGAUGUCGUAGUUUCGAAGCUAGAAAUUGGAUAGUCAAGGGCAUUUCGAGACGGAGAAGUUGGACGAAAAAAUGGGAGACGAAGUGGAGAACAGGCAGCAGCGGCGGCGGCGUCUGAUCCUCGAAAAUUUCUUAACCCGCGAAGAAUGCAGGGAACUGGAGUUCAUCCAUAAGAGCUGCUGUACGGUGGGUUAUAGACCCAGCGUCUUCUCCACCACACUUUUGCAUCUUGUAGCCACUAAUUCUGCUCAUUUGAUCAUGCCUUUCGUUCCGAUCAGAGAGAGGUUGAAGGAGAAGGCGGAGGAAUUCUUUGGCUGUGAAUAUGAACUCUUCGUCGAGUUCACUGGCUUGAUCAGCUGGACGAGAGGGGCAAGCAUUGGAUGGCAUAGUGAUGAUAACAGGCCCUAUUUAAAACAACGUGAAUUUACAGCAGUGUGUUACUUGAAUAGUUAUGGAGUAGAUUUCAGAGGUGGGCUGUUUCACUUUCAGGACGGGGAACCAAAAUCUAUCUCUCCUUUUUGUGGAGAUUGUGUGAUGUACACAGCCGACAGCCACAACGUUCAUUCUGUAGAUGAGAUAACCAAUGGAGAAAGGCUUACACUGACAUUAUGGUUCACCCGCGAUAAUUCCCAUGAUGAAGAUGCAAAACUACUUUCCCUUCUUUCACAAAGCCAUUUACAUGAUCGUUUUCCCAACUCAUGUAUACCUCUGCCACCGUCCUGUAAUAUGUAUUGGUUUUCACCCGAAGAAGAUCCAAAUUUCAAGUUCGGUAUUGAUGUAUGUUGGGCGAGACUGCAUGCGCUCGGAUACGACAUUUAUUUUCCUCGGGACUAUGAUUUGUCAGAUUAUCCAAAAUUAUUCUCAGACUACGUGCAAUUAGUACGGAAAAAGAAGAUAUUCUUUCAGGAAUUUUAUAACAUUUUGCAUGCGCUUCAGGUAGUGCAGUUUAUGUGUUGGAAAGGCAAAGAACUAGAUUCUACUAACUUCAAGGGGAAUUCAAGCUAUGCAGUAUAUUUAUCUCCAAAGGGGAAUGCGGGAGUCAGUUACUUUAAGUCCGAGUUUUCGAAGAAUGCUGUACUAGCCAAGUCAGUCUUCUCGUCUGCUAGUUCCGAUGAAAAGGAGAAGCAACCCUGGUUGGGGUGGGCUAAGCUUGCUACUGCUGUAGCAGCUUGGGAAGAUUAUGCUUCCAAUUUAAGGACAGAACUCCUUAGGAGCUUGCCCCAUUGGAGAACCAAUCAAUCCAUGUACAGAGUUUCACUCGGUAGUUGAAUCCAACACUUGUGAGAAAGCGGCAUCUUAAAUCCAGAAGUAGCUCAACUUCAAGGUUAGUUCUGAGCCUUUGUAUAGUUAACUAGAUUUUACAUUUUUCUAGUGUAUAAUCAUCAAUUUUGAUUGGAGGUCUUUUGUUUGACUUCUCCUUUCCGGCUUAGGGUCGUUUCGUCCUUAUACCCUUUAUGUUGUUAAAAGGACUACGUUUUACUCGUAUGACAACUUGAAAUAUAGAGAGGAGUCAUUUAAUAGAAAAGUCUUAUAUUUUAAUCUAAGUUGAUUAGUGAUGGAUGGAUCAAAACAUUUUGUAGAACAAUCUGGUAGUUAACAUGAUCUAUGAUUCGGGUUUUGCGAACA